GGUAAAAUGCCCUUAGUCUCUGCCUCCUUUCAAAUAGAGGGAAAAGUGAAUAGUGAAAAAAAGAAGAAGCAAAAAUGUAAACAAAAUAAAUGUAAAAGGCUCAUGAGGGGCACCCUUUGUCAUCAUCUUCAACUCAUCAGCUAUUUCUCUCCCCGUCUCCUUCUCUCGAGUUCCUUUUGAAGCUGUGAGACUCAAUUGAUCGCCAUCGUCAGUAAAUUUCACCAGAACAGCAACAGAAUUCUUAAUAAAUUGGAAGCGCUCGUUUCGCCACAUGAUCCGUGUAUAUUUGAGCUCUGUUGUUUCAAUUAAAUUAGGGUUAGGGUUUUCUUCCCCAUUAGAGACGCCCUAAAUUCUGUUGUAUUCUGUUCUUCUAGUUAUAUUAUCUAUAGUACUAUUGAAUUUAGGUUUGUUUUUUUUUUUCACUUGUUAUUUUGGAUUUUGGUUUCUAAAAGUUUAGGCCUUACUUGUGUUAUGGUCGGAAUUUAUUGUAGCUGUCUUCGCUUAGUACUGUACAAUCAACAAUUAUUUCUUCAUUCUUAGUUUUUAUUUGCUAUUUUCUUUUUACAUGUUUAUGGAAAGUUGCAUCAAUAAAUUUUGUGUCUGAUAUCCCCAUAUUCAAAAGUUGAGAAAAAAGAGAGAGGUCAAAAAAAAAAAAAAAAUUAAGAAAAACAGAAAAAUAAUAAAUUUUGUGAAAAGAAUUACGAAUGGGGAGCCCAGGAAUAAGCACCCGAAAUAAUGGGGGUAAGCAACAGCGGUUAGGCAUUACAGAGCCCAUUUCCUUGGGUGGACCAACAGAGUACGACGAGAUAAAGACCCGAGAACUUGAAAAGUUUUUGCGAGAUGUGGGACUGCAUGAGAGUCAGGAGGAAGCUGUGCUUAGAGAGGAAGUGCUUGGGAGGCUAGACCAGAUUGUGAAGAAUUGGGUCAAAGCUAUUAGCCGCUCAAAAGGGUUGAAUGAGCAACUUGUACAAGAAGCAAAUGCUAAGAUUUUCACCUUUGGUUCUUAUCGGCUGGGAGUGCAUGGCCCUGGUGCAGAUAUAGACACGCUUUGUGUGGGGCCUAGAUAUGCAACACGAGAAGAAGAUUUUUUUGGCGAGCUAUAUAGAAUGCUUUCGGAGAUGCCUGAAGUGACAGAGUUGCAUCCUGUUCCUGAUGCGCAUGUUCCAGUAAUGAAAUUCAAGUGUAAAGGUGUUUCUAUAGAUCUUCUUUAUGCAAAGUUGUCCCUUUGGGUGAUUCCCGAAGAUUUAGACAUUUCACAGGACUCGAUACUACAAAAUGCUGACGAACAAACCGUCCGCAGUCUUAAUGGUUGCAGAGUUACUGAUCAGAUUUUGCGUUUGGUGCCAAAUAUUAGGAAUUUCCGAACAACAUUGCGAUGCAUGCGGUUUUGGGCAAAACGUCGUGGUGUUUAUUCAAAUGUUGCAGGUUUUCUUGGUGGUAUAAAUUGGGCAUUACUUGUUGCUCGUAUAUGCCAGCUAUAUCCCAAUGCAUUGCCCAAUAUGCUAGUAUCUCGGUUCUUUAGGGUAUAUACUCAAUGGCGUUGGCCAAAUCCAGUCAUGCUCUGUGCCAUUGAAGAAGGAUCUCUUGGUCUUCAGGUUUGGGAUCCUAGAAGAAAUCCAAAAGACAGGUUCCAUUUGAUGCCUAUUAUUACACCUGCGUAUCCUUGUAUGAAUUCUAGCUACAAUGUGUCAUCCAGCACUUUGCGCAUAAUGACAGAAGAGUUUCAGAGGGGCAAUGAGAUUUGUGAGGCUAUGGAGGCAAACAAGGCUGAUUGGGAUACCCUUUUUGAGCCUUUUUCGUUCUUUGAAGCAUACAAGAAUUAUCUACAAAUAGACAUUAAUGCAGAAAAUGAAGAUGAUUUGAGAAAUUGGAAAGGGUGGGUUGAAUCUCGUCUCCGUCAGCUUACAUUGAAGAUUGAGAGGCACACUUACAAUAUGCUUCAGUGCCAUCCACAUCCAGGCGAAUUUACAGACAAAUGUAGACCUCUACACUGUUCGUACUUUAUGGGUUUGCAACGUAAACAAGGGGUUCCUGUAAAUGAUGGUGAACAGUUCGAUAUAAGGUUAACUGUUGAGGAAUUUAAACACUCUGUCAACAUGUAUAACUUAUGGAAGCCUGGAAUGGAGAUCCAUGUAACCCAUGUAAAACGGAGGAAUAUGCCUAGCUUUGUUUUCCCUAGUGGUAUUCGUCCUUCUCGUCCAUCAAAAGCAACUUGGGAUAGCAGGCGAAGUUCAGCUGAAAAGUCAUCUGAAUGUAAAGGAGUUUCUGAUGCGUUUGAUGAUGGAAGGAAGAGAAAGCGAAUUGAUGAUAAUGUAGCAAAUACCAUGAAAGUUGCCAAGUCCUUUGCUGGUUCUUCUUUGAAUGGGGAAUUUAACGAGGGAAACCCUUCUGCUGGUGUUUUUGUGGGAGGUGUCUUUGCUAGUGCAAAUUUGAUAGGGGAGCCAAAGGAAGAAAAAGAAGAGAGUAAUAGAACAGACGGCAUUAACAAUAUAAAAAGCUUAGCAGGGAAUCUUGUUCAAAAUGGGGAGCUUAAUUCUCAAACUAAAGAUUUGUCUGCCACCAAUGAUGCCCCUUUCUCUAAGGAGGCUGAGAAGCUGGCAAUUGAGAAAAUAAUGUCUGGUCCUUACGUUACUAACCAAACUUUACUGCAAGAGCUUGAUGAGCUUGAAGAUGAUUUUGAAUAUAGAAAUCAGGUCAAAGAUUCAGGAGUAAAUGCAAAAGUCAGUUCAGUGGAAUCUACAUCAGCAAAUACAACAGCAACAUCGUUGGCUAAUGUACCUGUAUCUCCACCAGUAACAUCCAGCUAUGGAGCUGGUCCAUCUACUUCAUGUCCUAGUGGCGACUUGGAGGAACUUGAGCCUGCUGAACUUGUGGCACCAUUGUCUAAUGGGUUCUCUUCUACGGCACCUGUGGUACAGCAGAAGCCACUUAUCAGGUUGAGCUUCACUUCUUUAGGUAAAGCCAGUGGCAAAAGCACAUAAAGGGAGGUCAAGUAUCAGCUGCCGCAAAACUAUGCCAGGGUGUUUUUUCCAUGCAUGAGAACUAAAUUAAAAUGAUAUAUAUAUAUAUAUAUAUAUAUAUAUAUAUAUAUAUAUAUAUAUAUAAUCAUCCCCAUACUUCUGUAGUAUUGACAUUCUAUAGUUAAUAAAACUUGAAUCUGCAAAUCUCCCCAGUUAUGAUU